AUGGUUCAGUUCACACGCCUAGCGCUUGUUUCGCUCUGCAGCCACGCUGUGGUUGGGCAAAACAUGCCCUUCGAUGCUCGGGAAGCCACCAUCGACUCAGUCCACCAUGCGCUCUACUCCGGACUUUCAACAUGUCGCGAAGUGGUAUCGUCGUUCCUCGCCAACAUUGACGCCAACAACAACCGAACGAACGCCAUCAUCACCUUGAACCCCAAUGCCCUGGCCAUCGCUGACGACAUGGAUGAGCAGCUCUCGGCCGGUAAUGCCACUGGACCGCUCUUUUGCGUCCCGAUACUGCUCAAAGACAACUACGACACAGCAGACAUGCCAACCACCGGUGGGAACCUCGCCCUAGCGCAUUCCCAACCUUUGGAAGAUGCCCCAAGUGUGACAGCGUUCAAAAACGCGGGUGCCAUCAUCCUCGGCAAGGCGAACUUGCACGAGCUCGCUUUGGAGGGAAUCAGCGUGUCCUCGCUAGGUGGGCAGACGAUCAAUCCCUACGACUCCACCCGCACACCAGGCGGUAGUUCGGGGGGCACAGGUGCAGCAGUCGCGUCCUCAUUCUGUGUCUUCGGCACCGGGACGGAUACCGUGAACUCGCUGCGCAGUCCAGCCUCGGCCAACUCGCUAUGUAGUAUCCGACCUACGCGUGGGCUGAUCACCCGGACGGGAAUCAUCCCCAUAUCGACUACCCACGAUGUCAUUGGGCCUAUCGCCCGCACAAUCAGAGACGUGGCAACAGCGCUGACGGUCAUGGCUACAACGGGUUACGAUGCAGCAGACAACGACACCGCAUUAGUCCCUGGCCCCAUCCGCAACACUGACUACACCUCCUCGUUACAUAGUACCGAGCUCAAAGGUCUGCGCAUCGGUGUACUAGACGGUUUUUUCAACCGCACAGACUCGCCAGAAGUCACGCCCGUUAACAAUGCCAUGGACGCCGUUAUGUCGCGUCUAGAAGCUGCGGGCGUAACACUAGUCCCCAUUACCGAAUCCAUCUACAACGCUACUGCCAUUCAAUCCGCCUACGACGUCCAGCGCUUCGAGUACCGCGAGCUCAUGGACGCCUAUCUCGCGCGUCCGUCCCUCGGCGGCCAACACCCCGCCACCCUAGCCGAUUUGUACUCGCGCCGCAUGGCCAACGGCACUCAGGGAGAGUUCCUGGUGCUUCCAAGUCAGUACGAGUAUGUCAAUACGGCUCUUGUGUCUUCUACGGGUAAUGCUACGUAUAACGAUCGGCAAGCUGGUAUUCGUAACCUUACGCUCGCUCUGCUCAACACUUUUACGUCGAAUGGCCUCGACGCUAUCAUCUACCCUGAGCAAAAGAAUCUGGUUGUUAAGAUUGGCUCGCCCUCGCAGUCGGGCAGAAAUGGUAUCCUGGCUGCUUUGACGGGAACGCCGGUUGUCACUGUGCCGGCGGGCUUCUCGGAUCCGAGUGACGAGGCGCCCGUUGGUGUGCCGAUUGGAAUGGAGAUUCUGGGGCGCCCGUGGGACGAGGCCAAGUUGUUGGGCAUUGGGUAUCAGGUGGAGCAGCUGUUGAAGGCGAGAAAGAGUCCGGUUUGGGCGAGAGAGAUGGUGGAGGGGAAGAGGUAUGAGGAGGUACCGGUUAUUGAGCCAGAUACUGCGAACGUUCCUAGUGUGUAUCCGUUGGGGACGCUCUAG